AGAACCCUCUCCUCGAGCCUCCUGGGAACCCUCACCAGGAUCCUUCCGGCAGAGGCUGAGGCUCGGACCCAGCGGGAGGGCUGUGGACCAUGUACACCCGCAGUAGGGUGGUGGGCCCAGGCUUGGGCACUUCCUCCAGCUCUCGGGACCACACUGGGGAUGGGCAGCACAAGGAGCUGCACCAGCAGCAGAGUCGGAGACAGAGUUUGGAGAGGCCGGCUCCCAAGGACCCUAUGAUGGAGAGGCAGGGGCGCGCUGACCAGGGGAGCACAGGCACGUACACCUUGAUAGCACCGAAUGCAAGUCGAAGGCAGAAGAUACAGAGAAUUGCUGAGCAAGAACUGGCAGACCUGGAGAGGUGGAAGCAGCAGAAUCGGGCCAAACCGGUCCACUUGGUGCCACAGCGGCUGGGUGGAAGCCAGUCUGAAUCUGAAGUCAGGCAGAAACAACAGCUCCAACAGAUGCGAUCUAAAUACCAGCAAAAGCUAAAGAGAGAUGAAUCUCUACGGAUCAGGAGGGAAGCUGAGGAAGCUGAGCUCCAACAAAUGAAGGCGGUCCAGAGGGAGAAGAGUAACAAACUAGAGGAGAAAAGGCAACUUCAAGAAAGCCUCAGAAGAGACGCAUUCCGAGAGCAUCACCAACACAAAACUGCUGAGUUCUUGAGCAGACUGGACACAGACCGGAGAAAGAGAACUGCCUGUCAAACUGCUCCUCAUGCUUCCCAGUCCUCAGUAUGGAAACUUCCAGUCCUGCCUAGAGAUCCCAGUUGGGCCAGUAGCCAGACACACAAGGAUUCUCUACGGAAGGAAGACAACCAGAAAUCGCAGAAGAUGAGAGAUGGACAACAUCAGAAGAGUAAAUUACUGGAAACUAAAGGACAGCACCAAGAGGAAGAAAGAGCCCAAAUCCUUCAAGCUGAGCACUGGAGGGUAAAUAAUGCUUUUCUGGACCGACUCCAAGGCAAAAGUCAACCAGGUGGCCUCGAGCAGUCUGGAGGCUGUUGGAAUAUGAAUAGUACCAACAGCUGGGGUGUAUGAGAAACAGUCACUACCAUUGGGAUUUCAUCAGCUGACCUUGAAAACCCUCAUGAGAUGCUUUUCCUUCACGCAACUUUGUUUGGCUUCAGUCUUCAUACCUCAACUUCAACUGCCCACCCACUCAGCUGAGCGGUUGUGGGUGGCCAGUUUUCCUCUGUCAUUAGUUAUGUGUGGAUUUAGAGGCUCAUUACCAACUCGUGUUUAAUCUCUACUGCCGGCGUAAUGUUACCUUAUUUUUCCUAAUUAGUUCUGCCUCUUAUUAGAAGGCUAAUUAGAGCAAUGUUAGUAAAAUAGUAAAAGGGAAUCAUGUGACAUUCAAGGUAGUUAGAGCUGUGGAUGCUGUAGGCUUGUGUCUCCUAAUUGACUUUUUUUUUUCUUUACUAAUUCUUACAGCAGGUUUAGGGAGCCUUUGGGGUCUUUCUGAAUUCCUACUUUCUUAAUCUACAAAUUUGAGCAAAAGGAGAUCUCUUAUACUUUUAUAGACAAAUUUAUAAAUAAAUUCCCAACUACUUCUGAAUAAAUGGGUCAGAUUUUUAAAAUGAAAA